UAUGUUAUUGUCAAUAAAGAUUUUCUGAAUCAGCUCAUCACUGAUUGGCGCAACUCCCGGAUAGCGUCACCGUGAACCGACCAAACAGAUCACUGGCUGUGCCGCGGAGAUUUGAAAACAGAAAUGUCUGAAGUCCGAGCGGUCCUGCAGCGCUGUGAUCCAGACCUCCUGGACCUCGGGGACCUCGAGGACCUGGGGGACUGUGGAGACGGAGCUGAAGCAGCCGGGACAAUUCUCCACCUGACGGACAGCCGGCGGGUCCAGAAGGUUCUGGGACGUCAGCUGUUUGUUCUGGACUCCAUGAUGUCACUGCUGGAGGGUCUGGAGUCUGCCCAGCAACUGAUGACACAACCUUUGCCUCCACAACCAGGGGGCGGGGCUCGAGCCAGGUGGAAGGCUCUGAAGGUGUUGAGCAGGUCGGGAGUGGAGGAGACGGAGACGCUUCUGAGGUCUCUACAGGACAGACACACACAGAUACACAACAGGAGACACACACUCACACAGCUGAUCCAACAGCUGCAGUGCAAGAAGCAGCAAUGUGAACAGCUGUCAGAGUCUCUGCUCAAGGCCCAGAAUGCAUUGUGGCGCUGCGAUGAUCAGCUGACCCAUCUGAGGGCGGAGUCAGAGGCGGCACUCGGUCAGCUGACCAGCUGGCGGCGGCUCAGAGACGAGCUGCAGGUGAACAUGUCCGCGGUGCAGAACGCCAUGCAGGUCAACCUGCUGUCCAUCAGCCCAUCAGAGCUGUGUGUGGAGCUCAGGCCACGCCCCUCCAGCCUGUCGUCCAAUGAGCUGGAGCCUCUGACACUGUCCGUCACCUGGAGCCGUGACGACCGCUUCAGACUGCAAGCCAAUCACGUUGCGGCUGGUCUGCUGGAGGACGGCUUGGUGGGCCGGCGGGCGGAGCUGAGCGCCGCCCUGCUGGAGGUGAUGCAGUGUUACAUCGGUCAGUUCGACCUGCUGUCGGAGAUCCAGGGGCUCAGAUCCAGUUUCGCUAUAGACUGGCGUCCAGCCCAGCGGGUCCUGGUCUACCUAAAGUCUGCGGUGCUGGUGGUUCAGCUGGCAGUGGAGGACGGGUACCCGAGCCGAGGACGAGCCCGUCUGCUGUCUGUCCUGAGGGACGGACGGGCCGAGGACACGUCUGGAAUCCAGCCUGGUGGGGGUGUCCUCAGUCUGAGGGACUGGUUGGUGUUUCUCUGCAGCUGUCCUCUCCUCUGACUCUGUCUUCGUCCGGUUGUCCGUCUCUCUCUGUGAAUUAUUAAGUUUCCAUGUUUUAUGUUCUCUGUUUCUGUAAAAUAAUCCUGCAAAAUAAAAA